CACUGACGCUCAGAUUUCAUAAGUCCAGUAUUCAAGCGGCACCACGAGAGUACAAACUUGCUAUUUUCGCAAUUUAUUACAUUAAUAACUUAUAACAUCCAGCGUGCGCCCGAAGAACUGGUGAGGAUAAACUAAGUGCCCAACAUCCUACGCAGAAAAGAAAUGAAAAUUACGUUAUUCCAAUGUGUUUUGUGGCUCGUAUUAAGCUCCGCUGUUCAGUUCGUUGCUUCUCUGGAGGAAGAAAAGUUCUCCAACGCAAUCUUUGAUAAUUUCUUGGUGGACCAUAAGGACGUAUCAGAUGUGAACAGAGCCAAUGUCAAGUUUUCUCUGAGAAACCCUUCGCAACCAGAUGAUGAUGUGUGUUAUAUUGUACAUGGCAAACCACAGACUCUCAUUAACUGCAACUUCAACAGCACUUCAAAAACCUUUUUGGUUAUUCACGGCUGGACGGUAAUUGGAUUGUUCGAGAGCUGGGUUGAGAAACUGGUUGCUGCACUUUAUGACAGGGAGAAAGAUGCCAAUGUCAUCGUCGUGGACUGGUUGGAUAUGGCCCAGAACCAUUAUGUGGUGGCAGCGCAAAAUACAAAGAUGGUGGGACAGGAGGUUGGACACUUCAUAGACUGGUUGGAGGAGACCACCAACAUUCCUCUGGAAAAUUUGCACCUGAUUGGUUACAGUCUUGGCGCCCACGUUGCAGGUUUUGCAGGAAGCCAUUCUACUAACAAAGUUGGAAGAAUCACAGGUCUAGACCCAGCAGGGCCGGACUUUGAAGGGGUCCAUGCCCACAGACGGCUGUCCCCAGAUGAUGCCCACUUUGUAGAUGUCCUCCACACGUUCACCCAAGGUUCCCUAGGUCUCAGUAUUGGUAUCCAGCAGCCAGUCGGACAUGUGGAUAUAUACCCCAAUGGGGGAAGCUUCCAGCCCGGCUGCAACUUGAGAGGAGCCCUUGAGAAAAUCGCCAAUUUUGGAAUACUUGCCUUAAAUGAUGCCGUUAAAUGUGAGCACGAGAGGUCUAUCCACCUGUUCAUCGACUCCCUCCUGAAUGAAGAAGUGGCUAGCAGGGCCUACAGCUGCGGUAGUAACAACAUGUUCGACCGGGGCAUGUGCCUCCAAUGUCGCAAGAAUGGCUGUAACACCGUGGGCUACGACGUUAGCAAAGUCCGCAAGCCACGAAGCGUCAAGAUGUUUACAAAGACGCGAGCCUCCAUGCCGUUCAGAGUUUUUCACUAUCAGCUAAAGAUGAAUUUCCUUGCAAAGAUGAACCAGCCAGAGAUGGAACCUGCCCUGACAGUCUCACUUUAUGGCACCAAUGGCGAAGUAGAAGAUCUCCAAUUGAAUUUACAGAAGAAGAUUACCACCAAUCAGACACACUCCUUCCUUGUGGUAACUGAGAAGGACAUUGGUGACCUUCUGAUGGUGAAGUUUAAAUUGGAGGAUUCCAGUAGCUGGUCUGUUUCAUCGUUACUAAGCAUGCUGUCUUCAUGGUGGUAUGGAGAUUCUGAAAGUUCUGGCGUACAGGUCCAAAAAAUCCGUGUCAGAGCUGGGGAGACACAAAAGAAGUUUGUGUUGUGUUUGAAAGAUCCCCAAACAGGAAGUUUGGCUCAGGAUGUUGUAUUUGUGAAAUGCAAGGAGCCAUGGAGGUCUUCGUCUAAAAGGCCUAAAUGGAAGAGCCAAUGAAAUGACUUGCCAGAGAUAUAUUUGGGAAACCCCAAAGCACUUAUUUAUUCAGUUGUUAUUUAUUAAGACUGCAACUGCACUGAGCGUACUGUGUUGAACAUAUAAUGUAUUGCUUGCUAGGAAUGUAAUUCAUACAUAUAGAUAUUAUCCUUCAAACGAGCACUACCAUAGUUACACAAUGACCAUAAGACACAAAGUGAUGAUUAAACACCUCCACUAUUAAUGUGGAAUUGUUCCUUUUGGUCAUUCAGAAAACAUCUUUUAAAGACUUUAAAGUCUAAAUAAAUAAAUAGAUCAUAACUGCAUUCAGUUAAUAAUCUAAAGACAUGAUAAAACCUUUCAUUUGUUCAUGUACUGUACUGUAUGUUGAAUAUGUUUAGUUAUUGGUACUAGCGUCACUUUGGUUCGGUUUUGUUUGUUUGAUUUUAAGCACUUUAAAUAGAUUAUAGCAUUUCCUGAUCAGUAAAAUUACUGUAUCAAUCUUUGCAUUGCAUCGUAACUGCUAUAACCUAUUUAUGUUUGUAUUAUAAAACAAAUGAUAAUAAAUGUGAUGUACAUCAAAGAAGAAACAAACAAUCUGUACAUAACUGUAAAUUUGUAUCAUAAUUAAAUCUAUCUUUAAGUUUAAUGCAUGCAUUGUUUUCUCAUUUUAAUACUCAUCAGAAACAACGCAUUUAUGGUAAUUUUUUGUGCAAAUCUUAUUACACAAAAAAUACGUAUUUUAGCUGAUUUGUUUAGAUUUACACAUUUCAAUUUCAUAACAAAAUUACAUCAAAUUGAAUUUUAUUUUGUUAAAAACAUUUUUUUUAUACAUUUGGUGGAAUUUUUCCCCAUUUGAGCUUAAAUGUCAUUUAGUUCUUGUUGCUUAUCACGGUAACCCGAACAAGGACAACAAAGCAAAACAAACUGGUGUCAGGAUUGGAUAUCACUUGUCACGCAAUCAGAGCCAAAAUUUUCCGCACUUUUAUUUUGACCUUGCUGCUAUUGGAUUCAACCCUUGGCUGUUUCCCAGGAACAGAAAUCAGCUAUUUGGCAGAAUUAUGAAUGCCAAGAAAUAGUAUUUUUGUCCAAAUAUGUAAAAAACCUUAAAACAAGGUACAUUUGCAUAAAAUUGCAUUAUAUUAUGAUUUCAUUUUAUAUAUAUUCUUUUUACGUUUUUGUAUUUUAUUAAAUGUAUUUGUCUUACCACAGAUUUUAUUGUUUUUUAUUUUUUCCCCCAAGAUGCAUUCUUAAAGAAAAUAAAAUUGCCAAGGGGGUAAGAAAAAUAAACUGAAAACAAGUCUUGCUAACUUUUACAAUAAGGUUCUAUUUGUUAACAUAUGUAUCAGUAAUACUUUAAGUUUUGGAAAAUGUUAAUUUGUAAUUCAUAAUUUGUUCGUUUUUAGUAAAGAUUUCUUCAUAUUGCAGUAAGAAAUGUUAACACCUUACUUUUAAUGUUACAACUUUAUCAGUAUAUGUUGGAAUUGAAUGAAUGAGUGAAUGUUAAUUGUUAUGUUAAAUGGAUUAACAUUAACCAUCAAUAACAAACUAAAUUUCACAGACCACAUCUCAAAGACCACAAGAUCAUGUAGAUUUACAUUCUACAUUAUCAGGCAGAUAAGACCCUCCUUCCUUACUGAACAUGCCACUCAACUUCUUGUUCAGUCACUUGUCAUAAAUAUAGCGGACUACUGUAACUCUCUCAUUGCAGGCCUUCCUGCCUAUGCAAUUAGACCUCUGCAAAUGAUCCAGAAUGCAGCAGCACGUCUGGUCUUCAAUGAACCAAAGAUCGUGCGUGUUACACCACUCCUGGUCUCUCUCCACUGGCUGCCGGUUGAUGCACGUAUCAAAUUAAAGACUCUGAUGCUGGCAUACAGAACAGUCACUGGGUCUGCUCCAACAUACCUAAAAUCAUAUCUGCAGAGCUACACUCCCACUAGAUGCCUGCGGUCGGCUAAUGAGCGGCACCUUGUAUCAACAAAGAGGCACCAAAUCUUUCCCGGACUUUCGGCUUCAUCACACCACAUUGGUGGAAUGACCUUCCCAAUUCCAUUCAUGAAGCUGACUCACUUUCUGUCUUCAAAAAAUUGCUAAAAACACAUCUUUUCCAUGAGCACUUAACCAGUCACUAAUAUAUAUAUAUAUAUAUAUAUAUAUUCUUGUUCUGAUGAUAUUGAAACUUUGUAAUAUGGCACUUUUCGUACCAUUGUCUCUUUAAGAUGAUUCGCUUGUGUUCUCCUUGUAAGUCGCUUUGGAUAAGUCUGCCAAAUGAAUAAAUGUAAAUGUUAA